AUGAUACAACAGAAAAGUCGAUGGUUAGUGGUGCUAUCGUGCAUCGUGGCAGUCUGCAGCCCUAUUUUCCGCAUAGCGUGGCUCGUGCCCGGCGGCUCGCAAUUUAUGGCCCUACCGGCCGAAGGUACCAGCACGUCAUUAUUUAGCCGAGCCCCGGGCUAUCGCGAGCUGUGCGGCGCUCAACCCGCCUGUAUAAAUUUCGCAAUGCCGUACGCGACAUUCAAAUGCGACCGCAAUUUCCCAAAUAUGGCGGGCGGUACGUUUUUCGCGGCGGGCGAUUUGAAUGAGGAUUUAGCGGUGGUGCCGAAGUCGUUGCCUUACGGGGCGCGUGCGUCAUACCGACGGUGUCGCGUAACAUCGAAUGAAACCGCCAGCCCGACGAUAUACGUUGGACUUUUCGUGAGUGGUGAGCACGCAAUGAGCUAUGACGAACGCGCUCGGAACGGGUCGAAUCUUAAAGCAUCAGGCACUCCAUAUAAAGUGCGCCGAAGGUGGGAGCGAGAGGAGCGGAGCAGGACAUCUGACUCCUGCCGACCGGCCUUGCGGCACGCGCCGUUGCGUGCUGGUGCAUUCGAUUUAGAGACGUUAAAUACGCCUCGAUCUCGUUGUUACAUGUCACGUAUGGCA